AUGCAGCGUCCCUCAGGGAUAAUCCGCCGCCGCCGGCUCGGAUCCUUUCACGCCGUUUCGCGUUACGUUUUCUUCGACGGCCAGCUGAGGUGGCCGGACAGAAAGAACCACCUGACAUAUGGAUUCACACCCGGCACGCCGCCGCAGUUCUUCCCCCAGGUGGCAAUGGCGUUCGCGGAAUGGACCGCCAAGAGCCAUUUCUCGUUCUCGGAAACCGAGUACGUAAAGGCAGAUCUAAAGAUUGCUUUGAUGGUCGGCGAGCACGGCGAUGGGUACCCGUUUGACGGCCCCUUCGGAGUCCUGGCCCACGCUACAGCACCCACCGGCGGCACGUUUCACAUCGAUGCUGACGAGGCUUGGUCCGCAAAUCCUUUGCCGGACCAGAUGGAUAUCCAGUCCGUGGCGUUGCAUGAAAUCGGACACCUCCUCGGACUUGCUCAUAGUAACGUACCCGAAUCUGUCAUGUGGCCAUCUAUUAAAGUUGGUGUCAAGCACAGAAAGACUGAUUGA